AGCCGGCGCCCGCCACCACGGGCCGGACGAUAACGGCGACACGCACACGGACUCCGCGCUUACCCAGCACAAGAAGCGACACCGCACAGCGCAGCUAGCAAGUUGAGUUCGGGUUGGAGGUCGAGUGGGAUCGGAUGGCGUCGGCGCCGGUGGAGUUCCUGGGCGCGCGGGAGGGCGGGGCCGGCGGGGAGGCGCUCUACUGCGCCAUCAUCCUCUGGCUGUCCGCCAUGUCCUGGAUCAUCUUCACCUGCGUCGGCGGCGACGACGGCGGCAGGCGCAGGAAGGGCCGCCGCGACACCAAGGUCUUCGUCGGCGCCGAGCGCAUGUGCGACGGCACCGGGCCCCACUGCAGCGGCGGGUACGGCCUCUGCGGCUCCUGCGUCGACUAGCCCUGCCCCUCCAAAUCGUUCGUCUGGUUGGUUUGUAAUCGAGAGUCGAAAGUGCUGGUAGUAUCAUCUAUCUAUGGUGUGAUGCGAUGAAGAACUCCUCUCCUCUUCUUCUCCGGGGAGCUCCCUUCUUCUAGCCUGUAAAUAGUUUUAGCGAUCGAUGAUCGCCGAGAUGAGCGAGUAUGAUCUACUUAGUAGCAUGAGUAUCUCCCCUUUGUGAAGACAAUAAGAGGGAGCUAGCGUCUGAUCCUGGUUCCCGGUUUGGCUGCAAGAAUCCGUUUCGAUUGAUUCUU